AUGUUCAUGCCCGUAAGAGAAGUGAAGGUUUAUAAGAGUCGGAUAGAUCGAGCUGAGAUAAAUCCAGCGACUUACCGCAAGUUAUUUCGAUUUGGGAAGGAUAAUGUUGAAUGGCUUGCACAAACUUUUCUACCUGAAACCGUCGAGACUCGUGGCGGAUGUCUGUCUCCAGUGGAACGCAUGGAGGCAACUUUGCAUUAUUUGGCAGCUCCUGGAUACCAGACUACUGUUGCAGAGGUGAUGGGCAUGACGCAGCCAACGGUAUCGAGGUACGUUGCGAGUACCUUGGAUUUCAUAUCGGAACAGCACCCAAGGUGGAUAACGUUUCCUAGUUCAAAUGCAGAUUUGGCGCGGGCAAAGGAACUUUGGGCAGAAAAGCUUGGUUUUCCAUUCACACUGGGAGCUAUCGAUUGCACGCAUGUACGCAUUGAUAAGCCACACGGCCGAUUUGGAGAUGACUUCAUCAAUCGAAAGAACUUUGCGUCAUUUAAUGUUCAGGCGACAUGUGAUGAAAAGUGUACCUUCACGAGUGUUGAUGUCGGAUGGCCAGGGUCUGUGCACGAUUCUCGAAUAUUCCAAACAUCGGACCUGCACAGGAAAGUUGCAAGGAAUGUACAAGGGAGUCUUCUUGGCGAUUCAGGAUAUGGAAUAGCCCCAUACAUGAUGACACCAUACAGUAACCCAAAUACUGCAGCUGAGAGACAUUUCAACCGAGAACAUGCAAGAAAUCGUGUGGUCAUCGAGCAAGCCUUUGGACAAUUAAAACGACGUUUUCCGAUACUGCGUUACGGCAUUCGUCUCAAACUGGCAAACGCUCCAAAAUGCAUCAUUGCUUGUGUUGUAUUGCACAAUGUCGCAAAGUCACUUAAUGACUCAGAUGAUUUCGGUGAUGAUGAAGAGGAAGAGGCUGAGGAUGGUGUAGAACCCAAGGCUGCAGAUGCUCCUUUGGCUGUACGCCAAAUUCGAUUGCAAGGUCAGCAAAGGCGGCAAGAGAUCACCGUCAUUCUUUACGAGAGACGUGUUCAGAACGUGUAA